GGGGGGGGGUCGAGCCAGUGUGGUUGGGCUGACCGCAGACGGCAGACGGCAGACGAAGGCGUGGAGAACGGGGACGGGGGUGGAAGGAUGCCUUGGCCGGGAGUCUCUGUGGGACCUGGAUCUGCCACGGCCCUGAAGCCUCCGCUCAGUGGACGGGCUGGGGAGCUGUGUUCAGCUGGCUCCUGCCUCUGCGAGGUAAACAUCUGAUUUCUUCCACUUGAAGCGAGUCACUGCGUUGAAGCAUUCCGAACUGUGAACCUCCUCCAAUAUCCACACUCUCCAACUGAUGCGCUGUCAUGAAAACACAAGUAAAUUAGCUGAUGGCAACAUGGACGCCUGCCUGUUGGACUGUGGAGCACAUUGGAGCAGACUGAUGGUGGUGGCAGAGAGGGAGGAAGACACAGGGGACCUGCAGGUGGCUUCUCUCUGAGGUUUGAAUAACGAUGACUCCCAUCCUCGCUGUUUGAACAUGCUGCUCGGGUAGUGAAGGCGACUGCGAGGAGCGUCUACCCAAUUAAACUCCCCUCACACACACACGCACACAAGCACAACCAUGCUGAUCAAGGAGUAUCGUAUCCCCAUGCCGAUGAGUGUGGAGGAGUACCGCAUCGCUCAGCUCUACAUGAUCCAGAAAAAGAGCCGAGAGGAGAGCUGCGGCGAGGGCAGCGGCGUGGAGAUCCUGGAGAACAAGCCUUAUGUGGACGGCCCCGGGGGCUCAGGCCAGUACACGCGCAAGGUCUACCACAUCGGGAAACACAUCCCGUCCUGGUUCUGUGCCAUCCUGCCUCAAGCUGCCCUCCGAGUGGAGGAGGAGUCCUGGAACGCCUACCCCUAUACACGCACCCGGUAUACCUGUCCCUUUGUUGAGAAAUUCUCUAUCGACAUUGAGACGUAUUAUAAACCAGAUACUGGAAACCAAGGGGACAUCUUCAAUAUGUCCUCUGCUGAAAAGAGACAGAGGACUGUAGACCCCAUAGACAUCGUGAAGGACUACAUCGCUCCUCAUGAGUACCUGGUGGAGGAAGACCCGAAACUGUACCAGUCUCUCAAGACCAAACGGGGUCCACUGUCAGAGGACUGGAUCGAGGAGAUCAACCAGGACCCUGGUCAGAACCCCGUCAUGUGUGCCUACAAGCUCUGCAAAGUGGAGUUCAGAUACUGGGGCAUGCAGUCCAAGAUCGAACGCUUCAUACAUGACGUGGGUCUGCGUAAAGUGAUGGUCCGCGCCCACCGGCAGGCGUGGUGCUGGCAGGACGAGUGGUACGGCCUGACCAUCGAGGACAUCAGGCAGCUGGAGCUGGAGACCCAGCUGGCGUUGGCUAAGAAGAUGGCCCACUACAGCCUCAGCGAGGAGGGGGGAGCGGAGCCCAAUGGGUCCGCUGUCAGCCAGGACCAGCAGCAGGGAGCUGAGGCUGGGGGAGCCAGCGCAGAGGCCGAGGGAGGAGGAGGGAAGCUGGGGGAGCCACUGGAGUCACGAGGGGAGCUCACCAAGCAGUGGUCAACAUCCUCUAGAUCCUCCAAUAGGUCAUCUAAGAGAGGAGGAAGUCCAUCUCAUCAGAGCAUUUCAGAAUGGAGGAUGCAGAGCAUUGCGCGGGACUCAGAGGACAGUACCGACGAGGAGUUCUUUGAUGCUCAUGAGGACUUUUCUGACAAUGAGGAGAUGUUCGCCAAGGAGAUCACCAAGUGGAGCUCCAACGACCUGAUGGACAAGAUAGGAACAACAGAGGCGGAUGAAGCACAAGAAACUUUGUAUCGGGAGUCGGGCGGGGAGUACGCCGUGAUGAGUAAUGAGGAGGCGCAGAUGGAGUGGUGUGUCUCGAAAAGGCAAGAACUUCAGUCCAUCAGGUUUCCCCGAAGGCUGAAUGAUUGUUCGUCUCAGCAGUGUCUGCAGCCGUCCAAAAUCCAUGUCCUCAUUCUGGUCCUGCACGGAGGAAACAUCCUGGACACUGGCUCUGGUGAUCAGAGCAGCAAGCAGGCAGAUGUAAACACGCUGACUGGGGCUUUUGAGACCGUGAUGCGGGUCCAUUACCCUGCAGCGCUGGGCCGCCUCGCCAUCCGGAUGGUCCCCUGCCCUGCUGUGUGUGUCGACGCAUUCUCCCUGGUCUCCAACCUGAGCCCCUACAGCUACGACGAGAGCUGCCUCUCCAGCAGUCAGGACCACAUCCCCCUGGCUGCUCUGCCUCUCCUGGCUACCUCUGCUCCACAGUAUCAAGACGCUGUAGCAUCCGUCAUCUUACGAGCCAAUCAGGUCUAUAGUGACUUCAUCAAGUCUCCAGAUGGGGCGUCUUUUAAUGGCCAGGUGUGUGUCAUUGGCGACUGUGUCGGUGGUAUCCUGGGAUUUGAUGCUCUGUGCAGCAGCUCGGUGACGGUGUCAGAGAGUCAAAACAGCAGCAGACGGGGCAGCACCAUCAGUGUGCAGGACACAGACCUCCUCUCUCCAGGUAUUAUCAUAAACAGCGUCUCUCCGUCUUCGCCGUCCCUCGAGGGAAGCCGCCAUCUCAGCCGCAGCAACAUAGACAUCCCUCGCUGCUCGGGGCCCGACGAUGCCAAGAAACUUCCACGCAAGCGCAGCGACUCGUCCACGUACGAGCUGGACACCAUCAAACACCACCAAGCCUUCCUGUCCAGUCUUCACUCCAGCGUGCUCCACGGGGAGCCCGGAUCACGGCGCUCCAGCAACAGCACCAUGUUAGAGGGAGGCUCCUUGGGAAAGUUUGACUUCGAGGUGACUGACUUCUUCCUCUUCGGCUCACCUCUGGGGCUGGUGCUCGCACUGAGGAAGACUGUGGUGCCCUCGUUAGAUGUGUCGGCUCUGCGUCCAGCCUGUCAGCAGGUUCACAACCUGUUUCACCCGGCCGACCCCUCGGCCUCGCGCCUCGAGCCUCUCCUGGACAAGAGGUUCUACCUGCUGCCUCCCUUAAGUGUUCCCCGCUAUCAGCGCUUUCCUCUGGGUGAUGGACACUCAGCUCUCUUGGUGGAGACUGUGCAGAGUAACCCUCAGCUUCUGAUGGAUACUGCUGGUAUGGGGCCCCAACGCUGGCAAGAAAGCAACGUCAAUGAGACGUCCAUCCCUGUGCCCGUUCUCAACUGGCAAACCUCACAGCUCCACGCAGAGACGGAUUCUCUUCACUCACAUAAUUUCGUCGAUGGCCAGUAUCCAUUGUCCACGUCACCAGGGGUCCCUCACCUUCGCUGCAACCGCAGGGCCAGCGAGGCCAGCAUAGCCAGCCAGGUGUCCGGCUUAGCCGACUCUUACACCGCCUCCAACAUCGCCACGACACACAAAGUGACCCUCACUAAAAGGCCCAGUCUGCUGUCCCACCUGGCUCUGCCCUACAAUAAAUUAAUCUCUCGGAACUCGACCCGUCGGUUGCGCAACAAAAUCCGUCAGGUGAUCCCGAGGCCCAACGGUGUGGAGUCUGAGCAGAGCUUGGACCUUAGCUCUGACAUGAGCUCUGACAUGACCUUUGACCUCAGCGAUGUCACGUCUAACAUCACAGACAUCGGCUCGGCCCCGCCGUCACCUAGGGUGCUGAAGAACAUUGAGCAAGUUGCAUCUCGGUGGUGGGGCGGGAAGAGGAUGGACUACGCCCUGUACUGUCCCGAUGCCCUGACAGCGUUUCCAACAGUGGCUCUGCCUCAUCUCUUCCAUGCCUCCUACUGGGAGUCUACAGAUGUGGUCUCCUUCCUGCUCAGACAGGUGAUGAGACAUGAGAACUCCAGUAUUUUGGAGCUGGACGGCAAAGAAGUGACUGAAUUCACUCCAUCCAAGCCUCGUGAGAAGUGGCUCCGCAAGAGGACUCACGUUAAGAUUAGAAACGUGACAGCGAACCAUCGCGUGAACGACGCUGUGUUCACGGAGGACGGAGCCCAGAUGGUGACGGGUCGUUUCAUGUACGGCCCUCUGGACAUGGUUACCCUCACCGGAGAGAAGAUUGACAUCCACAUAAUGACCCAGCCUCCCUCUGGAGAGUGGGUGUGCUUUAACACAGAGCUCACUAACAGCAGUGGACGUGUCUCUUAUGUCAUCCCUGAGAGCAAAAAGCUGACUGUUGGCGUGUAUCCUGUCAAAAUGGUGGUCAGGGGUGACCACACAUCUGCAGACAGUUAUCUAACGAUUUUACCACGGGGGACAGAGUUUGUAGUGUUCAGUAUUGACGGGUCAUUUGCUGCCAGUGUGUCUAUCAUGGGCAGCGACCCAAAGGUUCGAGCUGGAGCUGUGGAUGUGGUGAGGUAUUGGCAGGACCUGGGCUAUUUGAUAGUGUAUGUAACGGGUCGUCCUGACAUGCAGAAGCAGCGCGUGGUGGCCUGGCUCUCUCAGCACAACUUUCCUCACGGCAUCGUCUCCUUCUGCGACGGCCUGGUUCACGACCCCUUGCGACACAAGGCCAACUUCCUCAAAUCCCUCAUCAACGAGGCCCACAUGAGGAUCUUUGCAGCCUACGGCUCCACCAAGGACAUCUCGGUGUACACGUCUAUCGGGCUGCCUCCGUUCAAUAUCUACAUCGUGGGAAGACCCACAAAGAAAAUGCAGCAGCAGUGUCAGUUCAUCUCGGACGGCUAUGCUGCCCACCUGUCCCAGCUGGAGUACAACCAGAGGUCUCGUCCCGCCAAGCCCGCCAGCACCCGCAUGGUCCUCCGCAAGAGCAGCUUCGGCCUGGGUGCAGCCGGAGGCGACUUCCUCCGUAAACGCAACCACAUCUUUCGCACCAUCUCCUCUCAGCAGCCUGGGGGAGCUGGCUCGGCCUCCCCCAGCCAGCCGGGCCGGACUGAGCGUACACUGAGCCAGUGCGAGAUGGAGCGCGAUCGGGGGGUCCCGGCAGGAGCCCAGAGAAGUAUGAGUAUAGCUGCAGGGUGCUGGGGCCGCAGCGGGAGCACCAAGGAGGGCAGCGGAGGGCUACUCGGCCCUAAAUGAUUCGAAUGAGGGGCUGAGGUGUCAGAGGCCUGGGCCACCAUGAUCUCUGGACGAGUCAAAGGUGGGAUGAAGAGGGGGAGAGGAAGUGGGAAGAAGUGCAGGGAGAGGUUGUAUUUUAGAAAUCAGAGAUAGGUGAGGGAUGUAGCAGACACAACACACUGAUUGGGUCAGGAGAGAAUGAGGAUAGGAGAAAAGGGAAGGAAGGAUACUAAGGGAUCUGUUCAGGAGGAGUGGACUAAUCAGGCCAAGUGGGAUCCAGCGAACAAAAGACGAUUCUGUAGCAUGACUCUUUUACAGUAAUACUUUUUAUAGGAUACGUCACUAACUAUUGAAAAAUGACAAUGGAAGGAUUAAGAGAAAUAUUGUAAGCCUUAAAUUAUUCUCGUAUAACGGGACCCCCCCCCCCUUCCCCUCCCCACUUCCCGAACACACACAUGCCCAAGCAUUCACACUCAUGAGCUCAGGACGAACUGCAGCCCGACUCAUCUUCAAACAGUUGAGCGCGGCUUUGGGCAGCCAUGGCAACGAGCUGAUGACCUUCACCUCUGUUUCUGUCCCACUGUCAGCUGAGCGACACGUUUCAAACGCAGUGUUGACUGGCGGAAAGAGUCGCCCCACAAUUCAAAAACACAAAGAAAAGGAAGGCAAGAAGAGAUGUGAGAAAUAAAGAUUAGGGUCUCUCAAAUUACUAAACUCUGUAUGUAUUUUUCACUUUGACCUGUUGUGGUAUUCAUCCGUACAGAGAGCUUUGCUGUAAUUGUCCAGAAUGUGAGAUAUCUGUCUCUGUCCGGUUUUUCAAUGGAACGACUCCACUGAGGAAAUGAUCCCAAUGAGAGGGGAUUCAUUUGUUUUUUAAAGCAUUAUUAUUUUUAGCCAAUUGAGGGCAGCAGAGAAAGCUGUAGACAACACUGACAUAAAAUCACAACUGUUUCUGACAUUAACAAACCCUCAUUGGUAUAAAUGGGGUGGACAAAAUAAUAGAAAUAGGCUUCCUCUCUGUAUCACACUGUACAAUUCAAUAGUAUCACAAACUGAUCGCACAGGUGAAUCACUACGUCUGUAAAACUGAACCAACUGAACCUAUACAACCUUCUUAAAGGGAGGAUUUACUUUUGUAUUAGACUAGAUUAGCUUUACCUGGACAUGUCUAAUAAACUGCAAAAUGAGUGUAAGUCUCUUUAUGUUUUUCCCUCCGUAAACAUUCAGAGCUUUAAUAUGAAAUACUGAAAUUAGAAAGGCACUCAGUAGACCUCUGCCAACAGUCCAUUUAAUAAACCGCAUUUAAAUUCACUAGAUCCAAAUUUUUAUUUGGAUCUUCACCAACUGGCACUCACUCUUAAAUAUCAGUUGCUUGAACAUGCCAGAUUUAUUUCUCUAAGAAAUCAAUGAAAAUGUUGGAAAACACUAAAGAAAAUGAAAAGUGAAUGCACAGCAAGAAUUAAUGGGUUAUUUCUUGACCCACACCACUUCUAUCAGUCAGUAGUUUUUGUGUAAUCCUGCCUACAAAAAGACAAACACAGACGAAAACAUAUCCUCCUUGCUGGAGGUAAUGAAAAAACAAGACAAACACAAAACCCCACAUGGUCAUUCAACACAUUGUUAAGCAGCUUCAAAAGUUUUUUUUUGGUGAAUCCCCUCAGCUGUUGUUCUGGUGUGAAAGCAGAGACGGACAUCUCUUAGCCUGGGCACAGACCUGCAGAGCUAGAUGCCACAAAAGGUGAAAGAUAAAAUCAUUUUGAUUCUUUUUUCACAAUUUGAGAGCAGAAACAACAUUGUAUCAGAGAGGAAAGUACGUCUUGUCUCGGUCACAAAACUGUUCAUCUCUCACUUCACUUAUGUCAAACUGCUCGCUUCAGUUUCCAUUGAGCCGAGUGUGAGACUCUGUAGUAUAAUUCCCUUUCAGUGUGGCCUCUGGCCGCCCAAGGCCUUAAUAUCCAACAAGACACUUACUCCACAGAAGUAGCAGGAAGGGCAUGCACCAUUAAAGCAACAAGCGGAACUCUGUACAGUCCACAGCAACAAUCCCUUUAUAUAACCAUCUGCUUGCAAUACCUCUAAAGUUUCCCACAUGUGCUGCUGCUGCUGGUAGACACUCGUGUGGUGUUUCCCCCCGGCUUCUCGCUCUUUCUGCUCGAUAUCAAACAGGAUGGACCUGGUGUUUCCUGAGUUUCCUCUCAGGCUGGACGCUCGCUGGAGGCGGAGGCAGGACUUUCACUCACACAGACCUGUGACUUGUUUCAGUAUUUUUACCAAAUGGGCCGACGAGUUGGCCGGAAGUGAUUCAGCAUGAAAGUUGAAAAGGACGAUUCUUUCAGUGGUAAAUGUGGGGGGAAAUCACUGGUGUCCUCAAACAUUACUUUUGUUGCUUCUGUCUACUGAGCUGAACUGUGUAUUCUCAUUCAAAGGGGACGAAGAAGAAGAUGAAGAAGCCUCUUCACACCUCUGAAAACACAAUGUGCACAAAACUGUCAGAUUUUCCCCUCAUGCCACCUUUGCUUGUACAGGAUAAGUUUUUCAAGUCUGUCUGAGCAACUAGAAUAUCACUCUGCACCAAAUUCCACACAGUCAUAAAUAUCAGUCCUCUAAACAUGCCUGAUCCUUUUUAUCGAAAUCCAUGAAUUAUUCCCUGAGAAAUCAGUGAAAAUGUGGAAGAACGUUGAUCUUGCAAUGUUAAACAAAGUGAAAAAAAACGCUCUGGAUCUGCCCCCUGAUCCGGAUCUGCACCAAAAUUGAAUGGCUUCUUCCCCGACUCAAACCAAAUCCUUCCGCCAGGUUUUGUGGAAAUCUUUUCAGUUGUUCUUGUGUAAUCUUGCUCAAAAACCAACCAAGAAAUAAACAGACGGGUGAAUACAUAAGGUAAUGAAACAGCUUUUCUUCCAGUGAUCAUUCCUCAUGAUUAUAGUUUCUAUGCCAGUGAUGGGGAACAAAUUCACAGUUGGUGUUUCAUGCAAAAAAUGUUUACAGUGCAUUGAGAACAUAAAAUCAUCUUUUGAAUACACAGAGAAGGUCUCUGGACUGUGUUUGUCCCCAUCCCUUCAGGACAGGAUCAGUAUGAGUAUUAUUUGUCACAUCAAAUGACAAAUUAAAGCCAAACUUAUCAGAAACUUGAACAGUGUAAUGAGAGCUACCUAAAAUGACAGAAACCAUUUUUGAGAAAAAUUUGUUUGACGUGUACUUUGACUAUUAGCUUGACCCAUGUCCCAUUCACUAACAUGGAGAGGGGCAGCGUUUAUGACCAAUACUGUAGCAAACCACCAGGGGGGCAACGAGCUGUCAUAGUGUCCCUCUUUAUAAGCAGCCAUUGGUUUAAAUUUGCACAUUAAUAGUGUUCAAGGCAGACAGAAGUUGUGAGCUGUCCUUUAAACCCAUGAAUGUGUGGAGCGGCCGUGCCCUCUUGUCCUCUUCCGUUAAUAUGCUGUUGUUUUAUGCUCAACUUCCACACUGCGCACGGGUGGGUCUGUUUCCACUCUGUGUGAUCUGUGAUGUCUUCAACCCGCCUCUGAAGCCAAAAUCAUUCUCUAAUACUGUAGUUAAUCAACUGCGUAACCUCAUUGUUGUUAUUUUGCACUAGUUUACGAUGGAAAUAUACUGUAGUUACCAUCUCAUGUUGCUACACCUCUGUAUGACACUUUUUUUUAUUUAUUUCAGGGUAAACUGCAUGUGCAGGUACGCACACGUCUGUACAUUUUGUCAGUGUGUGACAAAGAUGAAAGUAAAUGUGCCAAACAGUGAACAGACAAGUAUUUAGACUCUGAGACAGCCUGAAGGUAUCAGGAGCGUCUUUUCCCCCGAUGACAUCUGUGCAGAUGGAUGGACAUACGAAGAUAAAUGAUCUCAGUCAGAAUGAAUCUAAAUAUAUGAGUAUUAUGUAUGUUCAGAUUUGACUGAGUUAUGACUCCGUUAAUUGAGGCAGGCGGGGGCUAAAGCUUUUUAAUUGCACUUGGUCAUGUUGGUAAAAACAAACCCGUGUGAUUAAAUUCCCAUUGAUUUUAGAAAACCAACGUGCACCUGUCCACCUUUGUCAAAACGGUACCUUUGUCCUGUGUCUUGAUUUUUGACUGUAUCAAAGCUUUCAGUCGGACGGGGACGAUGUGUCUGUACUGAGAGCGUCUCCAUUUGGGGAUUUUGAUGACCACAUCUUUUUAAACUGAUACUGUCCAUGUCUGAGAAAGUAAAACAUUUGAGUCUGUCUUUAAAGCCUUUAACUGAGGGCAGAGAUUGAGGGAGUCUCUGUAACCAUGGAUAAUAAGCUGUUUUUGACCUUUGCAUUGAGUCACUGUCGUGCUGUGGACUGGGUGCAGGGUCAACUUUUAAAUACAAACACAUUUGUCCCCUCCAGCCGUUUGGCUGCUGAGUUGAAUGUUUCCCCGUUCGGAGCCAUGUAUGUGUCUGUGUACAUAGUGUAAAGAUGUAUAUGUAGGACCUAUAUGGUUGAGAGUUAUUUAUUUACCUAAAGAUCAUGAUGUUGACUAUGGAAAAUUUCAGGUGAAAUAUAUUUGAGAAAUAUGUAGCAUUUUAUUUUGUCACUUUGGCGGCCAUUGAGGCGACGGACCAACACAGGAAGCUUUUAGUUUUAACCAGUGCAAUAUUAUUGUUCCAAAUAACCAGUGUCACAGCAGGAGCACAGUCCGCACCAUCACACGCUCCACCCACAGUCGCGUCCGAGCUACAGUCGACCUCUGCUGUCUCUUUACAACAACUGCUGAGGGUUUUAUAGGACCUACUGUACCUAUUUUUAAACUGCAGUAUUUUACACAACCUUUGAAAUUGAACUGGAAGCUGCUUUUUCACUCAGCGGUGGGUGCAUGGAAAAAAGUAAAACCCCACGAUUAAAGCAGCUCUAUUUAACAAGCUGUUGCAUGUUGUUCAGUCAGAUUGGAACUACGUAACCUUCAUGCUUAACAAUAAGAAAGCAGUUAUGCAGCCUUUACGUCCUCACUGUUUAAUGAAACGUAUAUCCAAAACAUUUUGCUGGUUAUAUUUGAGAUUAUUGCAAUUAUUGCCACUUUUGGAUAAAAAUACAAUCUAAAUAUUUACAAUUUAUGAAAGUGAUUUAUUUACAGUUAAACGGAAUAGUUUGAUGUUCUGGGAAAUUCGCAAGUGAGAUGAAAAGAUCAACACUAUUCGGCUCAUUAUGAAGCUACAGGGAACAGCUGGUUAGCUUAGCAUAGCAUAAAGACUGGUAAUAGGGGGAAACUGCUAGCCUUGGAGCCUGGCAACAGGUCCAACACAAUCCACUGUAAAAUGUGUUAAUUUUUUUUGUUUUAAUGCUUUUCUUGUCAAGUAUGUUUUAAUAAAGAAUGGUUUUAAUUGUA